CUCCAACGUUCAGUCAGAUGGCAAAGAGUUCUCUCUAACCCUCUCUCUCUCUCUCCAAAGCCUCCUAGAGAAGUGCCCCAAUUGCCUUCUCGCUCCCCAAACACUUGAAAAUGGAUCAAUCUUAUAGACCAAGAAAGCUCAAAUCCACGAAGAAACACAAGAGCAGCCACCUCGCCCCUUCCAACAACCAUCUGAUUCUCAAUCUUCUCACCGCAGCAAUGUGCAUUUUAGUCUGUUCUAACCAUUUUUCGCUUCCCUCGUCCUCAUUGGAGCCUUAUAUGAACCAUUUUCUAUCCAUCACACUCCCUCACAUAAAGUCGACCUUCCUUCACCCGAAGUGCCUCUUUAUAGUGGUCAACGCCAUCGUCGUGUUCCUCAUCGGCGAAUCGAGGCUCCGGGCCUCGCCCUCGUCUCCGGCCGAUGACCUCUACACGGAAUAUAUCGACCGAAUCAGUCGAGGGAACAAGGGUUUCAAAGUCCACGAUGCGGUUCCGAAGAAGAAAAAUGAUAAGGGGAGGGAUUCUAAGAAGGACUUUAUUAAAGAAGACCGUAGAGUUGAAGAAGUGGGAGCAGAAGGGACGAGGAAAUUGGUGGAGAAGGAUAAAGAUGAGGAGGAAUUGCCUGCUGAGGAAUUGAAUAGGAGAGUUGAAGCGUUCAUUGCUAGGGUUAACAAGCGAAGGUCGCUUGAGCCAGAUCUUUAAUAUGGGCCGACGCAUGACUCCACCAUAUAUAUUUUGCAUCAUAGACCAUUGUUGACUUUUGAAGUUGUAGGUUUAGGACAUGAUAUAGAUUAGAUAAACAAAGGAAUGCAUCCUUCUAAAACUAAUGAAUUAUCUUGCAUACAUAGUCUCUACAGUUGCAAGACGUUUUAUCAUCA